ACGUUAGCAUCCCCUAAUAAAGACAGUUUGCGAUCCAUUUGGUUGCUAGUGAAGGAAGUAAGCAAUGGGGAGGCGAUCGUACAAGAAAGAAUUAGGAUGCAUAGCCUGCAAAGAAUUGGGCGAACUCGGAGCCGGAAAACCCGGUUGGGUGGUCGACAACCCCAACCUUCUCUCCGCCAUCGACACACACUCCAUCCUCCUCGCCAACCGCUCCACCAUCCUCCUCCUCUCAUGGUCCGAUUCCAACCAAUCUCCGCUCAGGAUCCGACCCGAAUUGUCCCCCAUCGAUGCCGAAUUCAUCUCCGCCGUCGAAUGGUUGGUCUUUGAUGACAUCCGCGUCAUCGUCGCUGGUACUUCAUCUGGCUAUUUGCUCAUUUACUCCCUCCGCGCCGAAUUGAUUCAUAGGCAGAUGAUUUAUCCUGGACGAGUUUUGAAGUUAAGAGUUCGUGGAACAAAGAAAGACCUGAUUCAAGAUAGUUCCUCAGAAGAGUUUUGUCUCAUUAUGCCCGGUGUCAUUGCCCGUUUUGAUGGCUCUGUUGUUCAGAAUAUGCUGCAGAAGUGGUUUGAAGAAGCCAAUCCUCAAUUUCGGAAUCAAAAGCAAAAGAACCAAGAUUCAGAGGAUUUUGAAAAUUCUCAAGUAAAAUUACCUUUCCAGUUGUGGAAUAUUGGUAAGUAUGGUACUUGCGCCGAUGCAGCUGUUACUGGCAUAAUGCCUCCACCGCUGAUGGAACAUCAGUCAAGUCAACGUUAUUAUUGUGCAGUGGCUGUUGGAGACGAUGCUGUGAUUUCAGCAUAUAGACUUUCUGAGGACAAAGGCAGGUCUUUAGUGGGAGCUAUCUUGUCUAAAGUUGUACCAGCAACAUUUUCCACUAUAGCUUCAUUUUCUAAAUUGAUUUGGCGGAGUGAAAAUACUUCUCCACAGAAAUCACCAAAGAAAUCAGAGGCGAAACCUCAGCCAUUUGCUCGAGCUUCACCCCUGACAUGUAUAAAGGAUCAUCCUAGGAAAGGUGAAAAGCUUACCUUAUCACCAAGUGGUACAUUGGCUGCUAUAACCGAUUCACUCGGUCGCAUAUUGCUGCUAGAUACUCAAGCACUUGUGGUGGUGCGCCUUUGGAAGGGAUAUAGGGAUGCCAGCUGUUUAUUCAUGGAGAUGUUGGUAAAUAAAGAUACAGCCUCAUCAAGCUCCACUUAUUAUGAACCGAUGAAGAGUGAUUACUGCUUGUGUUUGGCUAUUCAUGCUCCCAGAAAAGGAAUUAUUGAGAUAUGGCAAAUGAGAACUGGACCACGUCUUAGAACAAUUACAUGUGCAAAAGGUAGCAAAAUGUUGCAACCCUCCUAUAGGUUUGGUGCAUCAAUGUCCUCUCCUUAUGUCCCUCUAGAAGUUUUCUUGUUAAAUGGGGACUCCGGUCAGAUAUCAGUUUUAAAUCGGAACUUGUAGUCGUGAUAGGUUUUGAUAUAUUUUUCCCUACGAGACCAAACACAGACUAGGAUUCCCUACUGUACGGAAAUCACACUGAUUCACGCCGGAAUGAAUUUCAACCAUUGAUAUGCCAUUGGAUGAUACAGAUAUAAUCUUAAUUUUAGCAGUAAAAUGUUCUCGACCGCCAAUUUAAAAUUGGACGGCUCAGAUCCGCUGUCAGGAAAUCACAUUCUGACCAAACACUUGUAUAUCUUAGAAAAAUAUGUUUGAAAUUAUCCGUGUUUGAUGAUGGACGAUACACACCCGGGGACACUGUUUUAAAGCUUUUGUUAUGCUGGAAAGCUAAGAUUAAGAAUUAAGAUAAAUUAUGUGGGUUCAUUUGAA